GCCAAACAUACACAAACAUGGCGUUACCACAAGCAGGCAGGAUGCUGUGUCCGCUUCGGCGUUCGCUUUACAUCAUUAUCUUAUGGCUUGUCGGAAUACAUUCAUCAACACUUUAUCUUCACAAUGAGGAGCGCUUCAUACCACCGCAACAGAGAGGAUAUUUUACAGUAGACGCAAAUAAGGAUUUACCAGACGCAGAUGGAGGAGGCAGCGAGGCUUCAGCUCUACGACUGGCCCCUCUUGGUGCUGCUGAAGGCGGGUCGGACUACGGUGCCCUUCCGCCAAAGCGAAAUCGCCGGAGCACUAGUGAAUCUUCCAUGCCGAAGGUGUACGGCCAGGCCAGCUUGAAUGACUCUCAUAACCAGAUGGUUGUCCACUGGGCUGGAGAAAAAAGCAAUGUCAUCGUAGCUUUGGCCCGAGACAGCGUUGGCGCCGUUGGACCCAGAAACAGCUCGGUGUAUGUUUCCUAUGAUUAUGGGUCCACCUUCACAGUUGUCACUGGGAAAUUCCAACUGUCUGACGGCAUGAAGGCCAAGAAUGGCAGCACACAGAUCAUCUCUCAGUUUUACCACAGUCCUGCAGAUAACAAGAGGUACCUCUUUGUUGACUCCACCAACCAUUACCUAUGGAACACCUUUGACUUCUGCAAGAGUGUGCAAGGUUUCGCCCUCCCAUUCAAACCAACAGACAUGUUGAUCCACAGUACAGCACCCAACCUGGUGCUUGGGUAUGACAACUCUCAUCCAAACAAGCAGCUGUGGAAGUCAGACGACUUUGGGGAGACGUGGGUGUUGAUCCAGGAGCAUGUGAAGACCUACUUUUGGGGCGUUGAGCCCUACGACCCCCCCACAACAGUGCUGGUCCAGAGGCAUGAGCCCCAGGGUGUCUCCAUCAUACUCAGCAGUACUGACUUCUUCCAGAGUGAAGAGAACCGCAAAGUUAUCCUGGAACAGGUUGACAGUUUCCAGCUCAGGGAAAAGUACAUGUUUGCCACCACCACAAGGAAACUGAUUGGCAGUGCUGAAACUUCAUCUGUUCAGCUGUGGGUCUCCUACAACCGUCAGCCAAUGAAAGCUGCCCAAUUUAGGACCCGCCAUCCAAUCACAGAGUACUACAUUGCUGAUGCUUCUGAGGACCAAGUGUUUGUGUGUGUCAACCACUUGAACAAUCUGACACACCUGUACAUCUCAGACACACAGGGUGUUUCCUUUUCCCUGUCAUUGGAGAAUGUUCUAUAUUACAUUCCAGAGGGGUCCAGAAGCAACACACUCAUCAGAUAUUUUGCAAAUGAGCCUUUUGCUGACCUACACCGCGUGGAGGGACUCAGAGGUGUCUUCAUUGCCACACUCGCUAAUGGGACUGUCAGCGAGAGCAACAUGCGGUCGGUCAUCACGUUUGACAAGGGUGGGACAUGGGAGCUGCUUCAGCCACCCACUGCUGACAGUCUGGGAGGGACUGUGGAUUGCCAGCUCAGUAAAGGUUGCUCGCUCCAUCUGGCGCAGCGCUGGAGCCAACUAUUAAACUUCCAACUGAGGAGAAUUCCCAUUUUAUCUAAGGAGUCUGCACCGGGACUCAUCAUGGCCACAGGAUCGUUUGGCAGCAGCUUGGCGAACAAACCCAAUGUGUAUGUGUCAAGCAGCGCAGGAGCCCGAUGGAGGGAGGCAUUAGCAGGUCCUCAUUUCUACACAUGGGGAGACCAUGGCGGUAUCCUGAUGGCUAUCCCACAAGGAGGCUCCUGUACUCAUCUCAAGUUCAGCACCAAUGAGGGCGAGACAUGGACCGAAUUUCAAUUCUCUGACACAGACGUGUAUGUUUACCAGUUACUGACGGAGCCUGGGGAGAAAAGUACCAUUUUCACCAUCUUUGGAUCCUAUGCCCACCAGAGACAUAGUUGGCUCAUUCUGCAGGUCAACGCCUCUGAUGUUUUGGGUGUUCCAUGUGCUGAGGCUGACUACAAGCAUUGGUCUCCUUCAGAUGAACAUGGUAAUGAGUGUCUUUUGGGCAGGGAGAUAACGUUUAAAAGACGAACACCUCAUGCUAAAUGUUUCAACGGCGAGGACUUUGACCGUCCGGUCACCAUGUCUAACUGCUCCUGCUCCCGCCAGGACUAUGAAUGUGACUAUGGCUUCAAGCUGAGUGAGGACUUGUCUCUGCAAGUGUGUGUUCCUGACCCUGAGUUUUCAGGUGACCUUCAUGCUCCUCCAGUACCAUGUCCUGUUGGCACCACUUACCGGCACAGCAAAGGAUAUAGGAAAGUACCAGGGGACAGUUGCACUGGAGGGGAUGUGGAAGCCAGACUGGACGGAGAGAUGAUACCUUGUCCUGUUGGAGAGAGUAAUGAGUUCAUCCUGUAUGCUGUGAGGAACUCGAUCCAUCGCUAUGACCUGGCCACCGGCACUGACCAGAUCCUCCCUCUGGUGGGCCUAAAGGAGGCUGUGGCUCUGGACUUUGACUAUGACAAGAACUGCCUGUACUGGGCUGACAUCUUGCUGGAUACCAUCCAGCGUCUCUGUCUAAAUGGCAGCACAGGUCAGGAGAUUAUAGUAAGGAAGGACCUGCAGAACGUGGAGGCCCUGGCUUUUGACCCCAUCAGCAGAUUGCUUUACUGGGUUGAUGCUGGCGCACAGAAAAUUGAGGUUUCCAAUCCUGAUGGGGAUUUGCGUCACACCCUCCUGAACUCCUCUAUCCUGGAACAUCCGCGAGCUCUUGUUCUCCUGCCUAAAAAGGGUCUGAUGUUCUGGACUGACUGGGGAGACAGAGCAGCAGGCAUUUACCGAAGCUCCAUGGAUGGAACCAACAUGUCCUCAAUCGCAUCAGAGGGUGUCCGCUGGCCCAAUGGAAUUACAGCGGAUGACCACUGGUUGUACUGGACCGAGGCCUUCAGCGACCGCAUUGAGAGGGCUGACUUCAACGGAUUUCAACGACGCAUUCUCUUUGAGGAGUUGCCCCACCCUUAUGCCAUUGCUGUCUUCAAGAAUGACUUGUAUUGGGAUGACUGGUCCAGAAUGGGGAUCUUCAAAGCUCCGAAAACUGGUACUCAGAGUAAUGAGCUAAUAGUUGGCAGACUGACUGGUGUCAUGGACCUUAAGAUUUUUUAUAAAGGCAAGAACGGAGGUCACAACGCCUGCGCUGACCUGCCAUGCAGGUUACUGUGUCUGCCUCAGCCUGGGUCAAGACACACCUGCAUUUGCCCAGAAGGCACCCCGACUACCACCCUGCCUGAUGGACAGUUGCAAUGCCAGUGCCCCACAGGAUACCAGCUCCAAAACAACACCUGUGUAAAGACUGAGCUAAGCUGUUCGACCAACCAGUACCGCUGCUCAAAUGGCCGUUGUAUUAGUAAUAUCUGGAAGUGUGACAGUGACAAUGACUGUGGAGACAUGAGUGAUGAACAGGAGUGUCCAACUACAACCUGUGACCCGACCAACCAAUUCCGCUGCGUCUUGUCCGGUUCUUGCAUUCCCUUGGCUUUCCAAUGUGACCAUGAAGAUGACUGUGGAGACAACAGUGAUGAAGAGCACUGUGAUUCUCACGUGUGUGGCGCUGAGGAGUUUACAUGUGCACGAGGUGUUUGCAUCCGUGAUGCCUGGCGUUGUGACGGAGACAAUGACUGCAGAGAUUGGUCAGAUGAGGCUAACUGCACAGCUGCCCAACAUACAUGUGAAUCCAGUAGUUUCCAGUGUCACACGGGCCACUGCAUACCACAGCGCUGGACGUGCGAUGGUGACAAUGACUGCCAGGACAGCUCAGAUGAAGACCCUCAUUAUUGUGAAGGAAACAAAUGCAAAGGCUUUCUCUGCUCCAAUAACACCUGCUUGCCAGUCACUUCCCACUGUAAUGGCAUUAAGGAGUGUCAAGAUGGUGCUGAUGAGGACUACUGCGACCCUUUGUGCACUCGCUACAUGGAGUUUGUAUGCAAGAAUCGAGCCCAGUGUCUCUUUCAGUCCCUGGUAUGUGAUGGUGUCAAACACUGUGAAGAUGGGUCUGAUGAAGAUGCAGAUUAUGCCAAGUGUGCUACGCCAUCAGAGUUCAGCAAAGUGUGUGACGCAUACACCUUUCAGUGUGCCAACGGAAUGUGUGUGAGCCUGGAGUGGAAAUGUGAUGGCAUGGACGACUGUGGUGACUACUCUGAUGAAGCCAACUGCGCUGCUCCCACUGAUGUUCCUGGCUGCUCGAGGUAUUUCCAGUUUCAGUGUAAAAGUGGACGCUGCAUCCCAACAUGGUGGAAGUGUGAUGAUGAGAACGACUGUGGAGACUGGUCUGACGAAUCUGAUUGCACAGGUGGAGCAGUUCCUCACACUGUGGCUCCUGGGCCAUCGACCUGCGCCCCCAACCGCUUCCACUGUGGCACUGGAGCUUGUAUCAUCAACACCUGGGUUUGCGAUGGUUAUGCUGACUGUCGUGAUGGCAGUGAUGAGCUGGGAUGUCCCACAGUUAAUGCCUCCGUGACACAGAUCCCAGUUUCCACCCAGGCUCCCUCCUCCCAUGGUCACUGCAGUCAGGGUCAGUUUCGGUGUCGCCAUCUCCAUCACUGCAUCCCCGACUGGCAGCGUUGUGAUGGCAGGAUCCACUGUCAGGAUGCGUCUGACGAGGCCCAUUGUCCCACCCGUGGGCCAUUGUCCUGUGUGAACGGAAGCCGCUGUGCUGAUGGUGAAGCAUGUGUGCUGGAUGAAGAGCGUUGUGACGGCUUUUUAGAUUGUUCUGACCACAGCGAUGAGGACAAUUGCACCUCGGAUACCCUGGCCUAUAAAGUCCAGAACCUUCAAUGGAAUCCAGACUUCCUGGGUGCCAUCACUCUAACAUGGUCUCGUCCUAAAAAUCUUCCCCUGGACUCAUGUGACUACUUGAUCUACUACAGGCUUGUAGGCACCUCACAGUGGAUCAUCAUGGACACUCACAGUAACAAAACCAGCUACAAACUUACAGUCCUGAGACCAGACACCACCUACGAAGUCAAGGUGCUCACGCAGUGUCUCGCCAAGUUGCACAAGACCAAUGAGAUGAUCACAGUUAGAACGCCAGAAGGAUUGCCAGAGGCUCCCAGGAACCUGCAGCUGUCUUGUGAUAAUAGUAAGGAUGGGACAGUUGAUGUUUCCUGGAGUCCCCCUGACAAAGGAAAUGGCCUCAUUCGAGAGUACAUUGUUGAGUACAGUGAACAAACAGCCAUUGAGUGGACAUCACAGACAACUACCACAACGAGCACAGAGGUGAAGGAGCUACAACCAGACAUGCAGUACCAGUUCAGGGUAGCAGCUGUGACCAGUCGAGGUUUAGGAAACUGGACCGAAGUUAAAUCCAUCACCCCCUUGAAAGCUCUGCCUCCUCCUUCUGUGAUCGUCGACAGCAUCACUGCAGAGUCCAUGAGCCUAUCGUUCAGCCUCAAUUCCCAGUAUGAAGUGAAACAAUACAUCGUGAUUCUGUCCUGGCAGUUUGACUCGCACAUGAAGGAGAGCAAAAACUACACAGUCAAGCAGAAGAUCCUCAGAGCAAUGAACCUGACAGCAGGGACGGUGUAUGAGGUGGCUGUAUGGGCUCACACCAGUAUAGGUGACAGUGCCACAGCCUUGUCUCAUUAUCAGACUACUGGUGUCCAGCCAGACCAGCCCCUCCUCAAAGCCCGAGCCCUCAACCAAACUGCUGUGGACUGCAGCUGGACCAUCACCAAUGGGCUAUCUGCAAAGGUGUAUGGGGUGUUUUAUGCUACAUCAUUCCUGGAUUUGUACCAUCGUCCUCGUCAGGUCUCCACCACUCUGACCAAUCUGACAGUCACUGUAGACAGUAGCGAGCAGUACCUUUUUCUGGUUCGGGCUGUUUCCCCCUUCUUGGGUCCUCCAUCUGAGCAUGUUGUGGUGAAAAUGAUUCCCAAUGAACGGCUACCACCCAGGAAUCUUCACCGUGUGAAAGUAGACAAGACAGAGGCCACACUUAAAUGGCAGCCACCAUAUGAUACACCAAACACAUCUCUGACAUAUGCAGUCCAUGUGUGGGAUGCAGUUCGCAAGGUGGAGCGAGACUACAAAGUAGCUACUCGGAACAACACGGUGGAGUACCAGCUGAAAGGCCUGGAGCCCGGAGGACGCUACAGCAUCUCCAUCCGUCUUCGCAACAUGAGCAAGGAAGCCAGUUUCUCUCUCAGCACAGUUCCACUUCCGGCUCCCGAGGCAUUGAAGAUACUGACUGAGAAUGACCACAUAUUCCUGUUCUGGAAAAGCCUAGCCGUCAAAGAGAAGACUUUCAAUGAGAGCAGAGGGUAUGAAGUGCACGUGUACGACAGCUUGACCAACAAGACAACCUUUCUAGGAAACACAACAGAGACCUACUUCCGCAUCAGCGGCCUGCAGAUUGGACACAACUACACGUUCUCCGUCCAGGCCCGCUGCUUGCUCAACGGCCAACUGUGUGGCGAGCCCGCACUGCUCCUGUAUAACCAAAUUAGAGCAGGAGCAAGUGAGGCCUCACCAAGUGAAGGCCAGUCUGAGGAUAUGGCGGCAGUCGUGGUUCCAGUCCUCUUCCUGCUGCUGCUGGGAGUAUGUGGCGGCUUGGUAGUGCUCUACCUCCGACACCGUCGACUACAGAACAAUUUUACCGCCUUCGCCAACUCGCACUACAACUCCCGCCUUGGCUCUGCCAUCUUCUCCUCUGGAGAUGAACUAGUGGAUGAUGACGAAGACGCACCCAUGAUCAGCGGCUUCUCAGACGACGUUCCCAUGGUCAUCGCGUAGCGCGACCUCGCUCCUUUUCCCCACUUCUCUUCUGCCCUCCACCCGCACCCUGUUGACAGGAAGCCACCUAAUUAGAAACAUGAAGAAAUGAGAGAUAGAGCUAUUUUUCAACGAUACAAAUGCACUUUUUUGGAUGCGCAAUAACUUAUUUUUUAUAAAGGGAAAAAAAAAAGAAUAUAUGGAGGUCGUGUUGGAUCCUGAGGCAUACUGUGAAGAAUUUAGCGUUUGUUGAGUACGACAUGGAACAAUGGACCCCUUUUGGAGUGGUCCAUUGGUUGAAGCCAAAAUAAGCAUCCAGAGACUUAAGUAUGGAAUGCAAAAAAAAAAAAAAAACCACACAAAAAAAAAACAUACAAAUGCACAUACAAACAAAUAAAUGGUUCGCGUCAAAAAAAAAAAAUAUGAAUACAAAAAAAGGCAAAUGUAUGUUUCUACCACAGCAUAUCACAGCAUACAUCCAGCUUUUAUGCCCAGUUGGACCACAGUCAGAAGAGUCAGCUGAUUAUCAUCUGUAGAAUUUGAAUUGUCCAUGUUUUUGAUUACUGUUUGGGAAUAAGAUGAAUGUUCAACAUGCAUCAAAAACAACACUCUCCUGACUGCUUCGCUACAAAGAUACACUUCCCCCCCCUUCCCCCACCACCAGCACCACGUUUGUAUGUUGACACGUGCCAAGACGAUUGGAUAAUUCCAAGCUUUGGGAAGUUGAUCAUCCCUGUUCAGCAUCGAUCCAUCUGUAAAUAUUGGCUUUUAAUACAUCUUAUCUUUGUAAUACUCCAAUGCAUUAUUUUGUAAAAUAUACUGUAUAUUUGGAUUUUUAAAUCAUUCUCAAGUGAACAUCCCCAGCUUUUUGCCAUAAAUGUAGUUGACGUCUUUGGAGUUCUCAGGGAAUUGUUUUUGGGUACCAGCGAAAGCACCACCAUCAUAAUCAUCCUCAUGGAUUUAGGGCGCGACGCACGCACACUGUUUCGGUGUGAAUGGACCAGCAGGCGCAAUAUAUUGCAGAUUGUAGCUGCUGUUCGGAUUCACGUUAAGUGUUGAAAUGAAGGUUUUACUGAGCAACCAACCCCAUCCCCAAAAUCAACACUCGCCCGUACUGGAAUUAAGUAAUGCGACCUUUUUUUAUUUAUUUGAAAUCAACCAGAGGAAACCGGACCGUACAUUGAUCAACAUUUUUUUUCCUCAAUAGAUUAAAAUCUAUCGCAGACUUUUCACUCAGUGAUUUUUAUUACUCUGCAUCUCAUACUGUGUAAAUUAAAAAAAAUUCCCAAAUGCACCUCUCUUUGUCAAAACAAAACUAGUCUGCGCGGCUUAAUACUAAUAUAAAUUGGAACAGAUUUUUUAAAACUCUUGGACCGUGUGUAAUACAAGCUCAAUAUUGCAAAACGAAUCACCCAUGUCACCUACCUCCCACAUGUCUGUCCCCCCCAACUGUAUGGUAGUCAUUUAACUGAAAUGUUGUAUGUAGCCUUUGGGCUUGAGCCGUUGGGUCAUCUACUUGAUUUUGAGCUGUUUUAUUGUUUUGUUUGUUGAGAAGUCUUCAUGAAUGUAUUUAAUACUCAUCUCGUUCUGUCAUGAAUACCUGUGACUUUUAUGUACACUCUGUAUUUCAUUCUUAUUUCUUAUUGCAGUGGGUCUGUAAGCAACCAUUCCACAGUGGUCAGUGGUCUGCAAAUGCUCUUUUGUGUUUGUGUGUCUUGGUGUGGAAACGCUUCUGCAUACAGCUUCCUCUUUGACUACUCACUGAGCCCAAUUAUAAUAACAGACAGGCCAACAAAACAUUUCCAACAUCAUCAGGCUCUUUGCUGGCACUUUUUUUCGGGAGCAGGAGGGCGGGGGGCGCAUUUGGUUUGAUUUCCUCAGCUUUUUUUUUUUUUAAUGUAGUCUUUGCCUUAACUUGGAUUUUUUUCUGGCAAUUAUUUCAUGUUUGCUGUUUGGAAACACUUUUUUUUUUUUUUUUUUAAUUUCACUGUAAUUUGUGUUUUAGAUUGACCACAUAAUGCCUUAUAAGACUCAGUAGGCGUCUAUAAUAAUGUAUAUGGUAGAAAAAAAUGGCGCACGUAUGCAUACACACAGUCACAAAGGUAAAGAUGAUGCUAUUCCCAAGGGCAUUUGUUCAGUUUUGUCAAAUCACUGCUCCUUUCCAAUUCAACUUUUGGAGAGAUACACUUUUAAGUAGUUUUUUAAAUUCAUGUACAAAGUGUAAUUAUUGUUUUUGGCCAUUUUGCACCCCACUUGUCUUUCUCAACUGUUGUCAAAACGUUUGCUUCAAAAUGUUAUUUGGCACGGAUAAUUGGCCUUGGCUAUCUUUGAUGAUAUUGAUGUUUGCUUAUCUCAGAGGUUGCAAGAAAAAAAAUGUUUAACAGUGUGAGAUGUUUUCAAAACCACUUAUGCUGAAAUAAAAGUGAUUACAAUUA